AUGGCGAUGGCGGAGAAGAAAAACGAGUACCCGCCAGGCGUGGAGGCGGAUAGGCGGUUGCUGCAAUUUGAAACUUGGGAGGAUUAUUUAGAUUCACUUAUAGAGAUUGCUGAUCUGCGUAAUCUCAGAAGUGUUGAUUCUGCUCGCACCAUUGCUGCUCUUGGUUAUAGAGCCAACGGUGAUACGCUAACGGAGAAGGAAUUCUACGCUCGUCGAAAAGUCAUACACAAUAUUGUAUAUCCCGUAUCCAAACCUUAUGUGUUAGUAAGUGAGGGUGCUAACAUUGAAGAUCCAUUUAAUAGAGAGCUGGCUGUAAGAGAACGCGCAAACAGAGUCGGAAUAUUACAGUCCGUGAUUUUCAUUCGUCACUUCACUAAAGGCGGUUUUGAAAUAUCCGGAUACAUUGAUUACGCUCAUCGGCUUAUUUCGGAAGAUUGGGCGCCAUUUUUCAGGUCAAAUAAAAUGCUAUGGCCAAGGGAUAACGAUUUAGGUUACUAUCACUGGAGGCAUGGAACAGUUCGGAGCAAUAUCAGCAGAAACUACAAGCCUGUAAUGGAUCCCGAACGGGGUCUGUUAUUCCAAAAUCGUCAUGACCACAAAAUUAUCUGCCCAGACCCUCAGCAAGAACCGGGACAGAAUACUAGUAAACAGAGAAUCUAUUCACCAAGAUACACUCAGAUAGAGAUAUAUGACCACGUUGUAAGAAGAAAGAGUUGA